AUGAACGCCCUCAAUGCUGGAUACUCGCCGGGGUAUCUUCCCAUGAUGGACUCCAAUAACAUCUUCCUGGACGACUGGAAUACUCAGAUGGCCAUCGCGGAGGCCUCGAGGAGGUUACGAAAAGGCUAUGCCACCCCAAGCAACGGGUUGAAUAUGAGAGUGUCCAAGCCCGCCAGUGCGAGCACCAGUCCUGUUCGCAGGAGAGCGUACGGCAACGAUAUGGCCUUCCAACAACAGUGCCCACAGGCGAGGACGGACCGUACCACCAGGCCAUCACGCCCUCUCAGCUGGCACCCGAACGCUUGCUUUUACACGCCUCAGCUAUAUCAAGAAACAUCAAGUUGCUAUCCCAUCUCAACACCAAGUCUUUAUACCACUGGACCCGCCUACUACCCCCCACAACAGCAACAGCAGCAGCGAUUCUCACCAAACAUGGCCGCCUUUUCCACAAACGCGUCACCGUCGUCGGCAUGUUCACCUCUGCCAUUGGGCUACCCCCAAGCCAGUGUUCCUCAAUACGUCAGCCCCGAAGCGUGGCAACAACACACCACACCAUACUACCCAGACUCAUCUCACCAGAUGAAUACAGAUGGGCCACCCGCCCUGACAUAUGCUCGGGGGUCGGGAACUCCUGAAGACUGGAGCAACGACAUGGCCGUUCACAACAUGAGCCAGACAACCAACCCGCCCACGCCUGAAGCCUUUGUCAAUACCAGGGCACCGCAACCGGCUGUCAACGAAGAGUCUUCCAUGAUUGAUGGCAAUGAUGAGGAUGAGGGCGAAAUCUUGGUUGGGAUGGGUCUCUACGACACAGCAACCAAGUAUGACCAAGACCCGCAGUUGGAUAACUAUCGCUCCACCGUCUCUUCACUACUGGGAUCUGUCUACCGGCCGUCGGAGGCGACAGGAAAGGGUCUUACUCUGGAGGAAGCCUGGGAGCCCCCCCAAUCUGAUGAAGAAGAGAAUGGAGAUGAUGAGUGA